GCUGUGGUGCCGAUCCGUGCAGCUGAGCGAGAGGCCGCCCGGAUGCCGAGGAGCCCUGCGGAUGGAUGGCCCGCUGCAGCGCUGCGGCCGACACCUUUGUCCCUCGGGCCGGGCCCGCUGCACCACCACCCGCAGCAGCAUUGCAGCUCCUCCUUCCCGCUGCGGUGCUGCGCGUCGCUCGUGUGCGUACGGCUGACAAGCAUCACGGUUGCCGUGCUCACCUCGCCGCUCGUGCCAACAUCCCCACGCUGCCGCAGCACAACGAGCCGCCGCGCCCAGCAAUGUUGAGUAGAGAGAGGGCGGGUGGGGGCGCAGGCUGACGUCGUGCCACGGUGCCGUCGUCGAGCGGUCCGCUGCGCGCU